UGAGUGUGAGGCAGGGCAGAAACCCAAAGGAAGAGAUGAUAAUUAUGCAUCUUAGAAUAGGUCAUGCUGGCUUAAAUCUAGCAUUAAACAGAAUAGGAAAACACCCCACUGGACUCUGCACACACUGCAGUACACAAGAGACAGUAAAACACAUUCUGUUAGACUGCAAAAGGUAUGAAGAGGAAAGAGCUGAGCUAGAGAUGCAGAUUGGAAAACAAAACAUGACACUAGAGAACUUGCUGGGGAAAACAUCUGGGAAAAUACACGCCCCCUAAUAAACUAUUUAAAAAAUACUGGGAUAAGUGAGAGACUUUAGUAAUCUAGUAGGAAUAUCUAGAAUAUAUUUAUUUAUCUCUUUAUUUUCUUUUAUUUAUGUAGUAUUGUUUUGGUAUUAUUAUUAUUAUUAUUAUUAUUUAUUUCAUUUUAUUUUAUUUUAUUUCCAUUUUAUUUUAUUUUUUCUGCCAAUCUACUGCCCACACUCCAGUCCAGUAGGUGGCGGUAAUGCACCUUUAAUUGGUUUGCCAACCGCCAUUAAAACAAGAAGAAGAAGAAAAAGAAGAAGUUCUUGUUGCACACUUAGCACGCGUUCGUUGCUAAGCAACUGUUGCUGAGCAACUGCUCUAAACGUUAGUGGCACUGGAAGUCAAACAACGGCGUCUUACCGUGGUCCCUGUUUGAGUUUGAAAGUUAGCUAGCGUCCGCUAAGUCACGCCGCGUCUGUUGUAAAGAUGUCGUUGAAGCAGAGUAUCGGCGACGCAAAGAAGACCUUGCAUUGGUGAUGACAGACACAGGAAAGCUCUAACUAUCUGGCAAGACUGUAACUUGUUUAUGCACUACCCAGAGAAGUGGAUCAGACAGGUUUAUAUCUGAAAGCAUGGAUGAGGAUGAAUAUACAGCGUGCAGCAGAAAUGUCCAUAAUGCACUGGGCAUGCUGUGGGAAAUUAAUACACAAGGCGUGUAACAUUGCAGCUGAGAUGUCAGAAUCCGGCCCCGUCCCAAAUUGCAGCCUAUUCACUGAGAGUGCACUGUGAGUUAGUGCACUAGCUAGUGAUUCUUAGUCAUGUCUGAAAGCAUGGUGGAGAAUCCCCAGGAGCAUCCAAAAACUCUAACUGACUGACUUCUCCUUGAUUCCUCCAUCCUUGUACAUUUUUUUGUAAUUAAAUUACGCCUCCUAGUUUCCUGUCCUAAAUAUUUCUUAAAGAGUCAUUUAUCUGUCAUUUGCACAGUUACAUUGGUUACCCUGGGCAUUGAAAUGCUUGUGACAAGGCACGGAUUCAGACACUGACAGUACAGACACUUAUUAGACAUGAACACACACAUAUUUAGACAUGAAUGGUUGAGAUGAUGCUGUAAUGUAAUCAGGUAAAUGAAAACAGUGCUGGACUACAGCAGAGUAAAAGUGGCGUGCUGUUCAGUAAGGCAGAACAGUAAAUACGAUGUACAGAGGCAAGAAAAAUACAUGAACAAGAGAAUUCCCCAGAACCCCAAAUAUCAACAUGUAAAAUCCAGACUAGAUACAGGUUUCAGCCUGUCAAAGCACAUGGAAAGGCUGGAGGAGCUCAAGAAAAAUUACAGAUAUAAAAAAGGCGAGAUUUUUAAGAGGCUCAAAGUGACGACGUUUGCUCAGCUGGUGCUACAAGUGGCUUCAGUGUCUGACCUGAACGAAAGCAUCAUGGACGACGUGCCUAGACUUGAAGAUGUUGUUUCAGAGUCGGGAGAAGGAGACCGUCAUUCAGACCAGACAGACGGUACGCCCCGCCUUCAACCCGUCACACCUGCUGACGCCAGUGAUCCAAACGACACCGCGUUUUCCCCCAGAUCCACGCUUCAGAGCGUGAUCAAUGGUGUAGGAGACUUGGAUCUGGACAAGGACAGGACGAGCGGCGUGAACCGGACUCCACCGAGUAGGCCAUGUGCUGCAGAGACUCCAUACCCAGACUGCCCUUACCUGCUGCUGGACGUGCGGGACAGAGACCUGUACCAUCAGUGCCACGUCAUCAGCGCACACAAUUAUCCCAUUGCAACUCUCUCCAGGACAAUGAAUCCUUACACCAAAGAAGUUCUCAAUUAUAGAAAUGUUCAGGGAAAGAUCAUCAUCUUGUACGACGAGGACGAGAGGAUGGCGAGCCAGGCGGCCACCACCAUGUGCGAGAGAGGCUUCGAGAAUCUCUUCAUGCUCUCUGGAGGUUUGAAGGUGAUAGCACAGAAGUUUCCGGAAGGAAUGACCACCGGCUCUUUUCCCGUCACCUGUCUUCCAUCUCCGAAGGGACCCUUGGGUCGGAAACAGGCCACGCUCCGCCAGACACCGUGGCCAGCCCAAAACAAAUGGCGUUUCACCUCUGAAGACCUCCACAACAUCCAGAACUAUCUGGACGAGGUGCUGAUACCCAGUGAGACCAGCAGUCGUCUGAGCAGCAGGAUGUCCAUCAGCAGUGCUAACUCUAAUGUAUCCAGUGCACGGAGCAGUCGACUCGGCUCGGGGAGUGCCAGGUCACAGAGCAGUCGGCCCUGGAAAUAACCUCUCAUCAUCACCAUCAUCAUCACAUUAUAACAGGAUACCUAUCCAGUGAUGGGCUCCUGAUGUCCCUAAUUUCUCCAUCUGGGGAUUAAUAAAGUAUUAUCUUACACUUCUACACACUGCUGGCCUUAAUGUAGUCUGGCUGUAGUCGUGUGUGACGGAUUACCACAGGCAAAACCACCUGGUGUGAUGUUUUUGUAUUUUUAAUGUUGAAUAAAGAAAUAUUUUGUACAGAAAAUUAAUUUUUAUUAGGUGUGUGCAGACAGAAUUUACAGCCUCCUCUGAAAGUAUUGGAACAGCAAGGCCAAUUCUGUUGUUUUCGCUAUACGUUGAAGGCAUUUGGGUUUGAGAUCAAAAGAUGAAUAUGAGGCGACAGAUCAGAAUUUCAUCUUUGGUUUCCAAGUUUAACAACUUGGCACCUUUUGGUUGAACCCACACUUUUUUUUUUUUUUAAGUGAUCACAAAUAUUGGAACAUGUGAUUGAUAGUUGUUUCUUGCUGCCCAGGUGUGGUCUGUUCAACAUUGUUGAUUGUUUACAGAAUUAUAACUCUGGAUGUCUACUUAUGGUUUUAGCCCUAGGUUUCACCUGUGAAGAUUGCCUUUGUUGUUAAAGAGGAUAAACCAUCAUGAAGAUCAGAGAGCUGUCUAUGGGAGAAAAGCAAGCCAUUUUGAAGCUGAGAAAAGAGGGAAAAUCAAUCAGAGCCAAAUAACAGCAGUUGAUGACAGAAACAUAGUGAGAGUUGUGAAGAAAAACACAUUUAGAUGUAAAUAUGACGAAUUGAAAGCUGAAGUUCUGAUCCAAAUGUAUUCAGUGUAUAGCAAAAAUAAAGAAUUGGCCUUGCUGUUCCAAUACUUUUGGAGGGGACUAUUUUUUAUCCUCUAUUAAUGUUGAAAACCUUUAGAUAAUACGGAUUGUUCCUUCAGGGGAUGACAGACUGUCUCUUGGGAUCUUAUUCACGAGUGUGACUUUGAUAAACGGAUCGGGUCAUCGGUGUUAUAGUCGCUGUACCGAUAUGUGGUGAUGAAGCAGGAGCUUCUUUUUGUUUUUUGAGGUUUAUUUCCUGCUAGAGAUGUAUCAAAUACGGGGACCCAGGACCUGCUGGAGAGAUUAUAUCUCCCAGUUGACGUGGGAACAUCUGGAGAUCCACCAGGAAGAGAUGGAAACUGGUGGGGAUUAGAGACCAUAGAGUUAACCGAUAGAGAAUGCACACUGCUUACGUUCUUUCGUGGAGAGCCUGCACCAUUUCCAUGACGGGAAUUGUCUGCACUUGCUCAGGAUCACAAAGACUGACACAAGUCUCGUUAUAACCAUUAAUAAGAGCUCUUCACUAGCUUGUAAUCAACAUCAGUCUCUGUGACUCUGCAAUCUACAGUAUGCUGCCUGAUAAACAGAAUUUUGGCAUUUUAGCCACUUUGGAGCUCUAUUUUCAGCUAAAAUGACACCUCAAGCAUUGCCUCUAAGCUCAUUAUGUUUCAAUCGAUCAUUUUCAAAGUCCACAGGUCAUACACUUGAUUUAUUCAAUCUAUCAAUUUUUUUUUUGGAACCUCAGUGCAUUCUCCUGGGCUUGCUCUCUCACUUCGCCAUUGGUGUAAACGAGUGCUUGUGGACCAGUACUCGUAGUAGCUACCACUUCUAGUGUUAAUUUGAAGAUGUUGUAAUAUACAAGUAUACAAUUUUUAUGUAGUGUGUACACUGCCAGCUGUCUGCUCUACGCAUACUGGUAUACAGUAGGUUACUGUUUUCCAUUUUGAACCCCUAUAAUGAUAACACCAUGACAGAACGUACUGUAUAAUAGACAACUGCAGGAUUGCGUUCUCACUAUAUUUCAACUCAUAACAAACCCCACCAGGAAAAGCAUAAGGAGGAUAUAAAAAUGAAUGAAUGUUAAGUUUGUGAUGUAUUGGAUGCUCUGUGGAUGUAAUGGUUUCUUUCAUGACAUGAUCUCAUAUUUCAUUAAUUCAGUGGUUCUUCUGAUCUAGCCUAAUUUGGCUAUUUAAGUGAAGCAUUAGAAUCGAACCCUAGUUAUACCAGAGCGCUGCUGGAUUCUCAAUUCUGAUUGGUCAGAAAGUAUUGGUUAAUUUUCUAUAAUU